UUCAGACAGUUUCGAUUUCAGAAUUCAGAACCCGAUUUCAGAAGCACGUCCACACGCCACGCGCGCUCUUCACGCGACCGCGUAAAUUUCGAAAGCGCUUGGGCUCAAGAGUGUGCUUACGUCACACGACGCAAUUAAUUUCAUACGUCAUUCGAAGUGGGACGCGCAAACAAAAGAACGCGAAGGAAACCUCAACGGUAUUUUCAUUCAAGACAAAUGAGUUUUCCUGCAGCUCCAAGGAUUUCGCGUACAAAUUAUCAAUCUGUUUACGUUACUAUCGUAUAGUUGGCUUGCAAUGACUGCACUUCCGCCGUCAUCUAUGCCUUCACCGGAAGAGUACAAGUUUUGCGAUGAACGCUACUCGAAGGAAAUUCUAAAAAGGCUAAACAAACUUCGCGAGAACAAUGUCAUGUGUGAUGUUAUCAUUAAAAUUGACAACCAGGAAUUCCCGGCGCAUCGGAACAUCCUUUCGGCGAGCUCGGAUUAUUUUCUAGCGAUGUUCAACGGGAAUAUGAAAGAAAGUACGGAACAGUCUAUCUAUCUAAACGGAAUUGGGGCCGAAACUAUGCGGGCGAUUCUACACUUUAUCUACACCGGGGAGAUCUUCUUGAACAAAAACAACGUAGAAAACAUCUUACAAGCUGCAAAUUUAUUGUUGGUUCAAACGGUCAAAGAUGCUUGCUGCCGUUUCCUGGAGAGUCGUUUGACCAUAACGAAUGCCUUAGCGAUUCAACUUUUUGCAGAAAUCUACGCAUGCGAAGAACUGCAUUUGAUAGCAUGCGAAUUUAUCCACCAGAAUUUUAUAUACGUCUCGGAAACGGAAGAUUUCUUAAGCUUAUCACCUCGUCAACUUGCCAUGUUGUUGCAAAGCGAUGAAAUCAACGCUGAAUCUGAAGAAAAGAUCUACGAAGCCUUGAUGCGCUGGAUCAAGAGCGACAUUCGCGCACGGCGUCAGCAUUUCCCCGAGCUGAUAAAACACAUAAGAUUGCCUUUGAUAUCUCCGUAUUAUUUAGUGGAUUUCGUUGAGAAAGAGAGUCUGUUUAAUAUGACCCCGUCCUGUAGAAGUCUGUUGCUUGAAGCUCAGCACUAUCACAUGUUACCUGAAAGACGCGUGGAGGUUGACAACGCCAAGAUUCGCCCCCGGCAGUACGAGAGGUUGCACGAGUCACUCAUGGUUAUCGGAGGAAAUGGUGACAUCACGCCUUUAACAACAGUGUUUUCGUACAAUACGAUGAAGGACCAAUGGACUGAACUACCAAAGCUCUCGAAAGAACGCGGUUACCAUGGUAUCUGUGGUAUUGGCAGCAAUGUUUACAUAGCAGGAGGUUAUUCGUGUGUCAAUUCAGAGACCUUGAAUUCAGUGAAAUGUUACGACGCCCGAGAUAAGACGUGGCAUUAUGUGGCCUCAAUGAACGCAGCCCGCAGCAAGCUCAGCAUGGCUGAAGUGAAUGGUAUUAUUUAUGCAAUGGGAGGUUUUGAUGGAAGCACAACGUUAAAUACCGUUGAAAGUUACAGCAUUGGAACUAACAAAUGGAAGACAAUCGCCUCGAUGCCAAGCAGACGACGUUGCACAUGCGCAGUAUCACAUGGCCAGUAUGUCUACGUAUUGGGAGGCCAUGAUGGAUCAAACAUUUUGAAUACAGUCGAGAGAUACGACACGAUAAAGGAUGAAUGGAGUGCAACAGAUGUUACCCAAAUGCACGAUAGAAGAUCAUUUCCAUGCGCUGUCGUUGUCGACGACAGAAUGUUUUGCAUCGGCGGUUACGAUGGCAACGACACGCUACGAACCGGAGAGGUUUACGACUUCGAAUCGAACCUGUGGACGCCAAUUCCACCCAUGUUCGUUGCCAGAUCGAACGCGGGCGCAGCCGUGCAUAACAAGAAGAUCUACAUCGUGGGAGGCUGGGACGGAGUGAGCUUAGCCUCAGCCGAGCUGUACGAUGUCGUUAUUGGGGAAUGGAAACGAAUCGAAAGUCUUCCGCGGCCAACGACCGGGGUCAGAUGUUGUUUCAUCAGCUUGCAAAAUCAAAAUAAUGACCAGAAGCCACUUCGACAAAAGAACUCCAAGGGCCACCUGUGCAGCAUUAUGUAAAGCAUUACAUUACCGUCAACUAAUCAGCAAGCCUAAUUGAAUUCGUAUGCAAUUUGCACUGCCAAGAGCGGCAAGCUAUCGAACUUAAAUGCUACUGUUAUAUGUAUAUUAAUUAUUAUAAAACGCACAUCCAACGAUUGUUUGGGAUUUGGGAAUGUAAACGCUGUGAUGAUACGCUGGACAUGCAGUAAACGUAAAUGCAAACUUGGAAUUUAGACUGAAUGA